AUGUCGACCGAGGUACUCCCAGCAUGGCUUCAGAACAGGACCAUUCCCCAGCUUGGGGCAACGGUCAAUUACACCGGCCUCGCCGUCUAUCUCGUGGGUUCUUUCUUCAUCUAUGGCACUGCUGUGGUGGUUUACCGCCUUUAUCUCUCCCCAAUUGCACAUUUUCCGGGACCGCGACUGGCGGCUGCCACCGAAUGGUAUGAGUUUUACUACCAACUCGUCAAGGACGGACAAUGGGGUCGAAAGAUUAUGGACAUACAUGACGAAUACGGCCCCAUUGUGCGGAUUAGUCCCUGGGAGCUAUCCAUUCGUGACUCUGGCUUUUACCACCAGCUGGUUAGCUUCAUCUCCUUCAUUGUGACUAUCUUCGUUGACUUGAGAACUCUCCUGAAAGACUCCCAUCAUCUCACCGUCCCGCAUGAGCUGCACCGACACAGGCGAAGGCACCUUGAGUCCUUCUUUUCGCGGAAGAGCAUCACAGACUUUGAAAGUACAAUCAUAUGGAAAGUGCGCGUUCUUGACCAGCGACUGCAAUCCCUCGCGGCGACGAAGACGGUCGUUCAUGUUGACCAUGCCUUCAUGGCGCUGACGGGAGACAUUAUCGCGCAUGUGACCUGUGGCACUACGCCAAGGUUACUCGAGGACAAGGAUUUCUCGCCGGCUUGGCACGAGCUCAUGCACAAGACGGUGCUGGUAGCCCCUUUGUUUCGAUGCUUUAGUUGGUUAAAUCGUCUGAUGCAGAUGAUGCCAUCUGCCUUCGUGGAACGGGUCUAUCCGAAGGGUAUCUCCAGUACGAUGGUGGGCAAGAUGGGCCGAGACUAUAUCGAAAAGAUCCGCAGCCAGAUGGAGAGCGACACUGUUGGCGUCACUUCGACUGCACCCCAUUCAGUCUUCCACCAUCUUCUCAGCAGUGAGAUUGCCCCAUCCGAGAAGUCCACUGCCCGCCUGCAGGCCGAGUCGAUGGUGAUUCUCAUCGCGGGGACGUUCACCAGCGCGCAUACCCUCUCCAUGAUCGUGUACCACGUGCUCAGCGAUCCGCGCAUAGAAAAGCGUCUCCGGGAAGAGCUAUGCGAGGUGAUGGCGUGCUAUCCAGCCCAGUCGCCGCGAUGGGCGGAUUUGGAAAGAGUGGCGUAUCUUCAAGGCUGCAUCAAGGAGGCACUUCGACUCUAUGGCUUGGUAGGCAAUCUAGCUCGUUGCUCCCCCGAAGUUGCCCUCCAAUACAAGCAGUGGACCAUACCCAAGCACACUCCCGUCGGGAUGUCUAUCUACCAGAUGCACACCGACCCCGCGGUGUGGGCGGAUCCACUCGAGUUUCGCCCGGAGCGAUGGCUAGGAUCGUACGAUUCACGCAUGGACCGGAACUAUGUCCCUUUCACUAAGGGAUCCCGAGCCUGUCUGGGAAGCAAGUAA